AUGGUCCGCCGCGUCGUCUCCCUCCUCUCCCUCCUCCUCCUCUUCCUCCCGACGCUCGCGGUCGCGACAGCGGAGCCUCCGCCGCCGCCGCCUCCGCCGCCGAAGAAGCCGCAGAACUACGCGUGGGUCAUGGACGUCUGCGUGCGGCACGACUGCUUCAAGACCGGAUGCGCGUCGCUUCGGGACUCGAACACGGGGAACGUCACGACGACGGCCGGCGCGUGCGUGUCGUCGUGCGCGGACGGAGGGACAUCGCUGAACGGGACGUCCCCGCGCGAGUUCGACGCGGCGCUGAGGGUGCUCCGAUGGGACUGCGCGAGCGACUGCAAAUAUCGUUGCAUGACCGCCGUGGAGAGGGCGCGAAGACGCGAGGGGUUGGAGCCGAAGAAGUACUACGGCAAGUGGCCGUUCGCGAGGGUGCUGGGGACGCAGGAGAUCGUCUCCGCGGUCGCGUCCGUCGCGAACGGAGGCGCGCACGCGUGGCGUCUGCCGACGUUGACCCGCGCGGCGAAGCGUCGGAUGCGCUUCGCCGCGCUGUGGCUGGGGUUCACGCUCGUGAACAUAAACGCAUGGAUAUGGAGCGUUCUAUUCCACUGCAGGGAGCUCCCGUUCACGCACUACAUGGAUUACCUCGGCGUGAACAUCGUGUUCUUUUACGCCCUGUACGCCGCGUUCGUGAGGGCGUUCGAGCCGAGCGCGAGACGGGCCGCGGCGCUCGCCGUCGCGUUCGUCGCGGCGGCGGUCGCGCACGUCCGACACGUCAACCCGCCGCGCCAGCGGUACCGGUACGAGUACAACAUGCGCGCGAUGUUCGCGCUGAUAGGCGCGUUCUGGGUCGUGAUGUUAUGGUGGGCGUUUCGUGGAUUUCGAUUUCGAUCGCGCGGCGGCGGCGGCGGCGGCGGUGGCGGCGGCGGCGGGAGAGGGAGAGGGCGGCAUCCCGGGCGGCGGUGGCUGCUCGCGUUCGGCGCGACUUUCCACGUCGCCGCGCUCGGGGAGGUGUUCGACUACCCCCCGGCGUAUCACCUCGUGGACUCGCACGCGGUGUGGCACUGCGUGACCCCGGGAUGCAUAUGGUUCUGGUAUUUAUUCGUGAAGGAGGAUUUAAAGGUCGCUCAGACGGCGACGGCUAAGGCGAAAAAAAAUAAUUAG